CGCGCCGCUGGAGGAGUGAAAAGUCGGGAAAGGAAGGCGUUCGAAGCGCGACCCGCUAUGUGGCUGCGGCGGACUCCACGGCAGUCAGGCCAGCGGUUAGCUCGCCGGUGGUCCGCUCGUUGGCUCGUCUUUUCCGUCUCGUAACGUGAUGCUCGCCGCACUUGGCCGCUGCUCGCGGAGCCGCGUCUUUCCUACGGAGGGAACGGCGGCGGCGUGAAUCUGCUCGCCCGCUCCCAGCGACGUUUCACCUUCCUCUCUUCGGAUUAAAACUGCAUUUGCUGUCGGUCGCUUUGCGAGAGCGCGAGAAGCCCGGGCUCAUCAGUUGUAAAACCACAGAGGACAGACUCACUGGAAAUGACCGAGAGAAAAGCAUGGUGCCUUAGGCUUCUACCAGUUCUCUUCUUCUUCAUCUCCUUUGUCACAUACUACUGUUCCUAUGCCAUACUUCAGAGCUACGCCGGCACCAGCAAGUCUGUCAACAGUAGCAAGUCUCUGUGUGGUGGCUGGCUGACGCAAAAGAAGUGGGAGAGUCUCAACUUUAACAUUAGCAGGCAGCUGCAGCUCUUUCUAAAACUGGAUGAUUUCUUCUGGCGAGAGCAUCUGUCAACGUUGGCACUACCUUACGGCAUUAAGGGCAGUGAAUUGCAGCUGCUGAAAGUUCUUGCAGUAACAGCAAAUUAUCAGGUGCCGGCCAACAUCAACAACCUUGAAUGCAGAACCUGUGUUGUCAUAGGCAACGGCUUUGCCAUUAAAAACACAUCGUUAGGAGGCAUCAUUAACAAAUAUGAUGUGGUCAUUCGAUUGAACGACGCUCCGGUGAGGGGCUACGAGGACGACGUUGGUAACAAGACCACCAUGAGGUUCUUCUACCCCGAGUCAGCCUCCUACAACCCAGGCUUAAACAACGAGCCAGGCACACUGAUGGUCUUGGUACCUUUUAAACAGCAAGAUCUACGGUGGCUCAAAGAGAUCCUUUACAAUGAGAAGAGGGUCAGGAAAGGCUUUUGGAAGCCCCCUCCCCAAAUCUGGUUGGGUGAUAUCGGUCAAAUCCGAGUGUUGGACCCGUACUUUUUGCACCAGACAGCAGAGAAGCUGCUCCAAAUCCCCCUGAACCCGAAGAGUAAACAGAAGCCGGUACAUCCCACUACGGGAAUCCUCGCCGUAUUCGUGGCCCUCAAUUACUGCGAUGUCGUCCACAUAGCUGGUUUUGGGUAUCCAAACUCUAGGAACAUCAAGCACCCGAUCCAUUACUACGGCUAUGAUACAAUGAAAUCAAUGAAGAACUCGUACCAUGACCUCAAUCAUGAAGCUGAAGCCUUAAAAAGACUGGAGGACUCUGGUGCCAUCUUGUAUCUGCACCCACAUUUAUGAUACAUGUACAAUGGGUUGCGCAAUCAAUCUAUGCCUAAGGUCAUCUGAUUUUAGUUGGAUUUACAUAAUGUGCUGUAAGCACACCAAUAGGAUUUCCUUCUUGGCACUUCUGUAGUACUGAAGAACUACAGGCUAAAUAAGAUCUUUAAUAUACUGACUCAACAUUUUGCAUCAGAUUUUUUGUAUAGAUUUUGUCAAUUACACUUUCAGUGCAAUCAUUAAUACUUUGACUUUGAUAAUUGCUUAAUAAAUCAUUCCACUGUUGUGAUGUCAUAGGACAGUAGUUAUGUUUAAUAACAUUAUAGAUUCACAAUCACAUUCGGGAGAUUUAAGUGUAUAUAUAUAUAUAUAUAUAUAUAUAUACACUUAAAUCUAAAAAAAAAAAAAAAAAAAUCUAUAUAUAAUCUAUAUAUAUAUAUAUAUAUAUAUAUAUAUAUAUAUACACACACACACACACACACACACACACACACACACACACACACACACACACACACACAGAUGGAUGGAUUAUAUUCACACAGCACUUGGUCUCCUCUUGGACUGGAAAUAUGAAAGGUAAAGUAGUUGUUUUCUUUUAUUUAUUAUUUUCUUCUUUUUUUCUUCAAAAGCAAUGUAAGUGAUACUGGUACCGCUGGAUAUUUUUUUGUUCUACAUAAAUAAAUUUUUUAUUAAAAGUCA